CGUUGCUUCCCCACCACUCUGGCACCCGCUCACUCACUCACUCACUCACUCACUCACUCACACCUUCUUCUACUCUCUCACUCCCUCCAAACUGACACACGCACACACACCGCACCACGCCUCCUCCUCCCCUCCGAUCAUUCUCGUUACUCUCGGGUCGACUGUACCAUGUGCCAUCGUCGUCUCUUGUAAUAUCAUCUACGCACAGAGUCCGUCGCCACCCAUCUGCCUCGCCCCCGGCAUCCGAGCCUUCGUCCCCUGGGUUCGCCGCUCUUCUGUCAGCCAGCACCAACCUUACCCGAGGGCCACAAACAGGACUCCAGCCCGCCGUCAAAACUCCUCACUACGUUGCUUCACGCCUCCACCGUACCUUCCCAUGUUGUGUUAAAAGUGCACGCCUUCUUGCUGCGCGUUUCCGUCUCGCGUCUCGCCGCCCUCGACCACCACCACCUCCACUACCAUGACCUCACCAGACCGCAGGGCCGAGGUCGGCUCGACAACGAUCCAGCAGAGUCCGACCAUGGAGCCCUUUGGCACUGUGGCACGUCUGUCCAUCGCUCCUGCUACCACGACGACCGUCAUCACCACAACCACUACUACCACGACCCAGUUCCCUCCCAUGUACAUGAAACAGCCCCGAAGCCUAAGCGAACGCGAUCCUAAGGAAUACCCUCUCGCUCACACUAUGGCCCCGGAGUCCAUACGCAAGAUUUGUUUCGAUGUCGGUGGCGAGCAGGCUCUAUUUGAGGAAGCCAGUGAUGGCCCGGCAGCCAUGGCAGAGCACCAGCACCUCCACCGAAAUCUUAACCUCUCUAACGGGAAGCUUCAAGCGUAUGAAUCUUCCAAGGGCAAACCCACCUUCGCAACUCCAUCCCGCAUCACACGCCCGAGUAACCCUGUACCUCAUCCAGCCUUGCGUUCUGUGUCGGGACGCCGGAAGCGAUCGUCCUCCCCCCUUUCCCCUCCUUCGAUCUAUGAGGCCGCCGAGCUGGUCCUAAACCGACGAAACAAGAAACCGCGCCUCUCGCUCCAUAACCAGAGAAACAGCAGCACUACUGCACUAAGCUCCAACUUCACCCCAGACGAGUGUGACGACUCAGUCCCCGCCACGCCUGAUACCGAUGCCGGAGGGUCAAGACCUCUGGAUACAACACGUCCCAACAGAGUCAACCCAGCCUCGCUUCCGCAGGCAACCCGGAAAUCACGGCAGCCUCCGGCAUGGCAGCUUCAGGAGCCUAUGGCUGGACCAUCCAACGACAAGCAGACACCGGAGGGGAAUCUCGCAAACGCUCUCGACCACAGAGUGUCUACACCUGUUCUGGAAGGCCCUGGUAUCGCAGCAACCCCUCCUAUUGCAGACACAGAUUUAGAACCGGUCGGUCCCUUUGCGCCUACAGACAUGGCGUAUCCACAACGACCCACUCCCUUGGAUACGGUAUCUGCACAGGAUGCGAGCUUACCUAGCCCUAGCUUGUCCCCCGUUACAGCAGCUGCUAAUCUAGCACAACAAAACACAUCCGCUGCAUCAUUUUUGCGAGAUGACGAAGAAGAUCCCCAUGAUGUAUCCAGCUUGGACAUUUCCCAAGAUUUCUCCGUCGAGCGCCAUACUUCCACUCAACUCGCAUCGCCUUCGUGGCCCAAGCGAAUCCAACUUCCCGAACCAGAGUUGAACCCCAGUCUGCAUGCUCAGCUGCCAACACCUCCCACUGUCAUGGACGUCCCAACCAUGCUGGAUAGUUUUGAUCAAUUACCCGACCAAAUGAAGACAUAUGUCAUGUAUCAGAUGCUUCGGAGAUGUCCUAAGCCAACUUUACACUUCGUUGCGGACGUCGUCAACCCCGCUUUAAAGUGCGACUUCAUUGCCUUGCUUCCGGUGGAGCUCAGUCUGAACAUCAUUGGUUAUCUUGAUGCACAGAGUAUGUGCAGUGCAGCGCAGGUGUCUCGCAAGUGGCGGGAGAUGAUCGAUACUAAUGAAGGGGCUUGGAAAGAUCUUUUGGACAGAGAUGGCUACGCUCUGCCAGAUAACGAAUUGGAAAGGGCCAUGGAUGAGGGGUGGGGAUGGCAAUAUCCAGAAUCGCGUGAUAGCUAUGAACGCGACCUUCGACCUGCCCCGUCCAGUGGGACAUCGGACGCAACAUCAUCUGGGACAUCGGACGCAACAUCAUCUGGGACAUCGGACGCAACAUCAUCUGGGACAUCGGACACAAACUCAUCUGGGACAACGGACGCAACCUCCUCGCCCGUCAAUUCUGGCCUCAGCACAAUUGUCGAACCAGAAGGCGCCGUUACACGGGCAUCUGCGUUUCGGCUCAAGAGAAAGGCAAUCGGCAGGCACCUUGGAAGCGGCAACAAAAAGAUGCGCAAGAAAGGCUCCCUUCCUCCGACCCAGCUCCAGAGCAUUCUGCAGGCUCCCUUCGCCCCGUCCCAGCAAGGACCAUUCGAAUGCGCCAAGAUCGCUAGGCUAAAUGUGCCGGAGUCUGACAUUGGCCUCCCCACACUGCGUAAAAUGCAUCUUUACAAGUCACUGUACCGAAGACACCAUUCUAUACGCAAAAGCUGGAUGGAUACCGAGACUCAACCGAAGCAUAUUGCCUUCCGUGCUCAUCAGCGCCAUGUUGUAACAUGCCUCCAGUUCGACACGGAAAAGAUUCUGACUGGUAGUGACGACACCCAUAUCAAUGUAUAUAACACCAAAACCGGAGCUCUUCUCAAUCGCUUAGAAGGUCACGAGGGUGGCGUGUGGGCACUCCAAUAUGAAGGAAACACACUGGUCUCGGGCUCUACCGACCGUUCAGUUCGAGUGUGGGAUAUCGCCAAGGGCAAAUGCACCCAGAUUUUCCAAGGCCAUACAUCCACUGUACGAUGUCUAGUCAUUGUUAAGCCAGUCAAGGUUGGGGAGACAGCAGAUGGACAGCCAAUCAUGAUGCCCAAGGAGGACUUGAUCAUUACUGGCUCGCGAGAUUCGUCACUCCGUGUGUGGAAGCUUCCCAAACCCGGCGAUAGGAGCAUUAUGCAGACUGGAACCUCUGCAAACGACUACGAUAACCCGUACUUCAUCCGUGCGCUUACAGGACAUCAUCACUCUGUACGUGCUAUCGCCGCCCACUGUGAUACUUUAGUCAGUGGAAGCUACGACUGCAACGUCCGCGUCUGGAAGGUCUCCACUGGCGAGGUGCAGUACCGACUCCAAGGCCACACGCAAAAAGUAUACAGCGUUGUCUUGGACACGGAACGCAACCGCUGUAUCAGUGGUUCGAUGGACAAUAUGGUCAAGGUAUGGUCGCUUGAUACAGGAGCUUGCAUCUUCACCUUGGAAGGGCAUACGUCGCUUGUUGGGCUCUUGGAUUUGAGCCACGGCCGUCUGGUUUCAGCAGCGGCAGACAGUACACUACGUAUCUGGGAUCCCGAAAAUGGACAGUGCAAGAGUCGGCUUUGCGCUCAUACUGGGGCGAUAACGUGUUUCCAGCACGAUGGGCAAAAAGUGAUAUCUGGCUCUGACCGCACACUUAAGAUGUGGAACGUCCAAACGGGAGAAUUUGUCAAAGAUCUGUUGACGGAUCUGAGCGGUGUGUGGCAAGUCAAAUUCAAUGAGCGCCGCUGCGUCGCAGCUGUGCAGCGAAACAACCUGACAUAUAUUGAGGUUCUGGACUUUGGUGCCUCACGAGAUGGUGUGCCUCUGGAGGAGCGAAACAGGCGAAUUGUUGUCGACCUUGGAGGCAAGGAGAUGUCCGAGACUGCAGAGACUGCAGAGACUGCCGAGACCGCCGAGAUAGAGGGAGAAGGCAAUUGA